AUGACGACGGUGGAUGUCGGUGUGAUGGUUACCAAAAAAGUAGCGCCGACUAAGAUCAUAACACCGAGCUCCGUGCCGCCACUUCAUCAACAAUACAGUUAUUAUGAUCUCUUAUCGACACCAUAUGAAGGGCGCUCGGUUUGUACCAAGUCUGUUGUGAUAUGCCUCUGUAAACGUUAUGUAAGCUGUGCGUAUUGUCUCAGAUUAGGCUUAACCAACACCAUCCUCCUUUUGUUCUUGGGCUACUAUCACCAUUCCUUCUCUCGUCUUGUCAGAUACCCUGCUCAGGGAGUUGUUCAUGCAGUCAUCAUCCGCUGCCCUGCCGUCAAGCCCCGGUGGGUAACAUCUCGGCCAAGCACAGUCCAUCCUUGGGAUCUUGGACCUGGACUUUUGGUGCUUAUUGCAGCCGCCGUAACUACUCAAUUAAAAUGGGCAGACAUGACAUUGCAGGUGAGGUGA